AUGUCCGACGCAAGAGACGGGAUCGAGCCGCGGCGUGGCAACUUUGCCAGCCGAAAAGCGCGCGGUGAGACGGGGGGCUGUAAGACCAGCGCAAGCAGAAGCAGCGGCAAGAACAAAGAGCACAGCUACGAUGCCCGCCGUUAUCACCAGAACGCCAACAGGCACGGCAUUCACGCACUGCGCACGUUUGACUGCCCUGUGUGUGACUCUAAAAACACGAUCCGUGUCACCCUCAACCCACGGCUCGGCCAGGGAACGGUGACCUGCACGUACUGCUGCUCACUGAGGCCUGUACCAACCGAUCUGCCAUACCCGAGUGUUCAGGCCUUCGUUCCAUCGCUGGAGAACAAGGCAGACGUGUUCUUUCGCUUCAACGAGCAGUACGCCGAGCUGUUGCAGCUACAUAUGGGAGGGCACGUCGGUGGAUCGAGCGACCCGCCUUCACAUUCGGCAGCUGCUGAUAGCACGCGAAAACGCGCCGGCAAGGAUGACGGUGCAAGUGACGGACCUACUCGCAGACCAAGAGCAGAGGACGGGUUGUUUGGUGAUUAUUUGCCUUACAUAGACACUUGCUUGCUCAGCAACACGGUGGACCAGCAUGUAAUAGGAGCGACGGGCAUGCUCGUCAGCGAUGAUGACGGCGGCAGCGACAACGUGGUGGACACCAACCUGGCGAAUCCGAAAAGGGUGUCGACGCCGUCCCCACCGCGGCUGGACGGUGCCGAUGCGCCGGAGAGCAACUUCAUGAGCGUUUCCAUGAUCACCGGCGUGGAUGAGGCAGUCGCUGAGGAGGCGGAUGUUGCUGAGUUCUUUGCCGAUUCCGAUUGA